GCGGUCCCUGGAGCCGGAAGUGGGAGCGCAGCGGCCGCCGCCCGGUGGUGAUGACAUGGCCUCUGCGAGUGCCAGCACGGCCAGGGCAGGGCCGCCCUGCGAGAAGUCCCAGCUCUCUGUGAAAGUUGUGUCCGUGAAGCCCAAGGCGCACAGCCGCCAGUCGCGGAUGAACUGCUAUGUGGAGGUGGCGGGUGAUGGACUUCCCAGUGAGACCAAGAAGACAGGGAAGCAGAUCGGGAGCUCUGAGGUGCUGUGGAACGAGAUCCUCGUCCUGAAUGUCACGGCUCAGAGUCACCUGGACCUGAAGGUGUGGAGCUGCCAUACCCUGAGAAACGAGCUGCUGGGCACGGCCUCCGUCAGCCUCUGGAACCUGCUGAAGAACGGUGGGAAAUUGGAGAACAGGCAGCUGACCCUGAACCUGCAAACUGAGAACAAAGGCAGUGUUGUCUCCGGCGGAGAGCUGACGAUUUUCCUGGACGGGCCUGCUGUUGAUCUGGGAAGCCUGCCUAAUGGCAGUGCCGUGACAGAGGGUGAGUGCCGCCCAUCUCCGCAUGCAUGCAGCAGCUCUGAGCACGAGGCGGUGAGCACCGGCGGGGAGAGGAGUGGGGCUGAGAUCACGGCCCUAAGGACCUCUGAGCAAACAUCCGAGUGCCAGCAGCCACCUCCUCUCCCAGGGCCUCAGGUAACUGGACGGGAACCCAUCAGCAUGGCCGCAGCCACAGAGAGCAGACACCAACCUCCCAGUACGAACUGCUUUGGAAGCAGGACAAGGACGCACCGACACUCAGCUGGGGUGGCCAGACAAAACACGGGGAGUGGAGAGCAAAGUCCUAGCGCCAGGAACCGGCACCGGCUGCAGGCCAAGAGUCAGAACCAUGCUGGCAUGACAAACGGCACAGCGAAUGGCACAGUGAACGGAGACUCAGCGGGUGCUGCAGACGUUGAAGAGGAAAGGCCGUCAGCAGAAGUGAUCUCCCCCACGACAGCAGCAAGCGUGGCUGACGGCUCUGUCGCUCCCGCUCUUCCUGCCUCGUCGGCCUCCGGAGAGGCAGAGGAGGCAGCUUCUGGCUCGGGCGCUCCCCAGUCCCGGGCUGCGGUGCUAGCCCUGGAUGCUCUGCCCCCUGGGUGGGAACAGCGAGAGCUGCCUAAUGGUAGAGUCUACUAUGUAGACCAUAACAACAAGACAACCACCUGGGAGAGACCUCUUCCUCCAGGGUGGGAGAAGCGCGUGGAUCCUCGAGGAAGGUAUUACUAUGUUGACCACAACACCAGGACCACCACAUGGCAGCGCCCGACAGCCGAAUAUGUGAGGAACUACGAGCAAUGGCAGUCACAGCGAAACCAGCUCCAAGGAGCCAUGCAGCAGUUCAGCCAAAGAUUCUUGUACCAGUCGUCUGGCGCCCCGUCCGACAAUGAUCCUCUUGGUCCCCUUCCUCCUGGCUGGGAGAAGAGACAGGAUAAUGGGCGAGUGUAUUACGUGAACCACAACACGCGGACCACCCAGUGGGAAGACCCUCGCACGCAGGGGAUGAUCCAGGAGCCGCCCUUGCCGCCUGGCUGGGAGAUGAAGUACACGAACGAGGGCGUGCGCUACUUCGUGGACCACAACACUCGCACCACCACCUUCAAAGACCCGCGUCCUGGAUUCGAGUCGGGGAGCAAGCAAGGUGGCUCCCCUGGGGCGUACGACCGGAGCUUUCGCUGGAAGUACCACCAGUUCCGCUUUCUCUGCCACUCCAACGCGCUGCCCAGCCACGUGAAGAUCAGCGUGUCCCGGCAGACGCUCUUUGAGGACUCCUUCCAGCAGAUCAUGAACAUGAAGCCGUACGACCUGCGGCGCCGCCUGUACAUCAUCAUGCGAGGGGAGGAAGGCCUGGACUACGGCGGCAUUGCCAGGGAGUGGUUCUUCCUCUUGUCCCACGAGGUGCUCAACCCCAUGUACUGCCUCUUCGAGUACGCCGGCAAGAACAACUACUGCCUGCAGAUCAACCCCGCCUCCUCCAUCAACCCCGACCACCUCACCUACUUCCGCUUCAUCGGCCGCUUCAUCGCCAUGGCUCUGUACCACGGGAAGUUCAUCGAUACAGGCUUCACACUGCCCUUCUACAAGCGGAUGCUGAACAAGCGCCCCACGCUGAAGGACCUGGAGUCCAUCGACCCUGAGUUCUACAACUCCAUCGUCUGGACCAAGGAGAACAGCCUGGAGGAGUGCGGCCUGGAGCUGUAUUUCAUCCAGGACAUGGAGAUCCUGGGCAAGGUGACCACCCAUGAGCUGAAGGAGGGAGGGGAGAGCAUCCGGGUGACGGAGGAGAACAAGGAGGAGUACAUCAUGCUGCUGACGGACUGGAGGUUCACGCGGGGUGUGGAGGAGCAGACCAAGGCUUUCCUGGAUGGCUUCAACGAGGUGGUGCCGCUGGAGUGGCUGCGCUACUUCGACGAGAAGGAGCUGGAGCUGAUGCUCUGCGGCAUGCAGGAGAUCGACAUGAACGACUGGCAGAAGAACACCAUCUACCGGCACUACACCAAGAACAGCAAGCAGAUCCAGUGGUUCUGGCAGGUCGUUAAGGAAAUGGACAACGAGAAGCGGAUCCGGCUGCUGCAGUUUGUGACGGGGACGUGCCGCCUGCCCGUCGGAGGCUUCGCGGAGCUCAUCGGCAGCAACGGGCCGCAGAAAUUCUGCAUCGAUAAAGUUGGCAAAGAGACUUGGCUGCCCCGGAGCCACACGUGCUUUAACCGCCUGGAUCUCCCUCCCUACAAGAGCUACGAACAGCUGAAGGAGAAGCUGCUCUAUGCCAUCGAGGAGACGGAAGGCUUCGGCCAGGAGUGACGGAGCUCGGUGCUUUCCCGGCAGCGCCGGCCGUGCCCGGGACGGGGAGGCCCCGGGGCGCGCUGCGCGUCCCCCUCUGCCGCCGCGCAGCCGGCGCCGAGCCCUUCCCCGCUGCCCCCGCGCCGCCCCGCGAAGAGGCGUCCGCGUCUCCCCGCCCGAGCGAAGCCGGGGCCGGACGGGGGGCGCGGGGCGGCGGGACGCGGCCGCGCGCGGACGAAGCGGCGACCGCAGCGCCGGGCCGCGGUUGCCCCUCGCCCCGCCGGGAGCGGGGAUGGCCCCGGGGCGCCGCGCUCCCCUCUGCUCCCCGCGGCUGGUCCCUGCCCGCAGGAGGGGCGAGACCCCCGCACCGGGCCGGCGGUGCACUCGCGCCCGCUCCCUCUGCAAACGGACACGAACAGGGUCUGGCCGACCGCCGGCGAGUGCAAACACGGAGACGAACCCGGCGCUUUGCUGCAGCCCUGCGCGUUUCGGCCGGUGCGCUCGCUGCGCCCCGUGCCUUCGCGAGGGGCUCGGGGCGGCCCUGCGGCAGCAGCUCUGCCAGGAGCCGGGCUGGGGCUUUUCCUAGGUGCACUGAAAAUGGGACCGAGUUUAGGUGCAGUUCUUGUCACCUAAAUUUUUUCUGGCUUCUCAUGGUGUCUUAACAGUGCCGGGUGGAGGGGAAAUGACUUUCAGCUGCCUCCUAGCCGCUCCCGAAAGCGUGUGCGUGGGCCCCAUCCUGCACCCAGCGAAGGGGCGGGGGAGCCGGGAUGGGGUGCUGCGUCCUGCCCGGCCGCGCGGCUCCAGCCCUCCCGCCGGCCGCGGGACGCUCCGCGCGUGCGUGGGGACGCUCUGUAGAUACCUGUACAUAGGCGAAGCCCGUGGAGCCCGGGCCCGGCAGUUGCGUUUGGCGGAUAGUUUUGUACUGCACCGUCCUGCCCGGCGGCGCCACGGUCUCGUGCAAUAAAGGACGAGCGGCUGCUGC